AUGUCGAGCCCCGCUACGCUCAAGCACAACAGCGCCGAACCCGUCAAGGCGCCCCUGCUCAAGACUCCCUUGUGCGACACCCACCGCAUGUGCCUGGGCACUCGCCUGGCCCACCAGCACGACCUGGACGAGACCCACCCCACCCAGAACAAGCUCCACUCGCCCCUCCAGCUUGUCCUCAUGUUCGACUGA